GAUCGAUGAUAAGAGAUAAUUAAAAAGAAAGAAUGCGAAUCCCUUUCAUGGGAAUACGUUUGAGAUGCGCUUACAGCACCGCGGAUUUUUCCAGACGCGCGCGAUUUUAUUCUGCGCAUGGAAAGCAAUUUUGCCCAAUCAUAAAUAGGGCUAUUGUGGGGGGAUGGUGUAUGCCGCUGGCGCAUUUCAUACAUCCGAGUGUAAUGGUAACGAGAUAGAGGCGUCGCGCGGGGAUAUCGGCCGGACCGAUCGUCGACCGAUUACUACUACUACUACUACUACUACUACUGCUACUACUGCUACUACUACUACUACUGUUACGGUUGGGGGAUGAGACUACGUAAUGACGAUCGGGCACAGUUGCGGUAGGCCACCAGAGGGGCACCUGUAAGAGACACAUCCAAUCCCUAAUCCAUCUUCUUAUUCUUCUUUAAAAAAUAAAAUAACCGAACCGGAGCACAUGUCUGACGUCACAGAUCACAAGACGGAUGGAAUAUGGGAUUUGGAGUCUUCAUGUUGCGGGUGAACUUUGGGGAGACCCACGCCUCACCCGUAGACAUCACCCAAUCUUGCCCCCAAAUGCGUCACAAAUACUUCCGAGGGCUGCUUUAGCCCUUAGUGCCCUACAUCAACCAACAACAAAUAUGGUACCAUUGCCGUUAACUUUUAAUGGGCCGCCUUAUAGCCCAAUGGAAUUGGUUACGAAAUCUUCCGGAAGUAAUAACGAUUUAGAAUCGGCCAAAGACGAUACUUAUCGUACUGAAGAAAAUGAUGAUGGCGAUGAUAACGAAGGCAACGAAGAAAACAUCGAAAAACCCGACGAAAAUGAAAAUCAAACUUCUAAACAAAUUGAGACUAAUGAAAAUGAAGAGGAGGAGGAAAGUGAUACAGGAAGUACCGGAAGUUCGCGUAAGUCGACUAAUAACAAUUUCCCAACGAAAUUGUUAAACCCAAUGUCCUGUUUAGGUCUCGAUAAGGAAGGUGCGAUAUCGCCAGUGUUAAAUGGUUGGGUAUUAGGUGCUUAUACGGCAAUGUUAGGAAGGUUAUCAGCAGCUACUGCAGCAUUAGAAGCUACACAAAUUCCAAAUAUACCUUCCGAUAGUGAUUCCGAAAGCGAGCAUUCUUCUUACACGGAGAGAUCAAGAGGUAGUAGUCCAAACGCUAAUAACGUACAUCGAGGAUAUUCAUGUGGUUCUUGCGACGUAGUAGCCCCAACUAGACCAGCUUUAAGGAAACAUAUUGCGGAUUGUCAUCCGACAUUAAAUGGUACGGAAACGAGAGAAUCAAGGACUUGUCCUGCCUCAGGUUGCGAUUUUACAACGAAUAGUAGAUGCGAAAUGGAAACUCAUGUAGCAGCACAUGUAGCACAAGGAAUGACACCUACCGGAAAGAAACGUACGCUGGCCUUGCAACGCGUCAGGUAUAGAUACGAAAGAGAGGAAUAUCGAUGUACCUUAUGUUCCUAUGCCUGUACGAUCGAGAAAGCUUUCCAAAGGCAUUUAAGGGCACACGCGAGAGGUACGGCUCCAGAAACAAGAGUUAGUUGUGCAGUAUGCGGUGCUGAUAGAUCAUCCGAGGUUGAUCUAAGUAGACACAUGAGAAGGCAUCGAGACGAUCGUUACUUUUGUUGCGAUAUUUGUAUCUUCCGUACGGUUCAAUUGAAAAAGUUGAUUCAACAUCGUCGCAUGCACACCGGCGAGAAACCACAUCUCUGUCCGCAUUGCGCAUACAGAAGUGCACGACGUGAUAAUCUACGCAGUCACGUUAGACGAGUCCACAAGAAAGAGAAUUUAUAUUGCGAUACGUUCAGUCCACGUGGCAUGUUGAUAGCGCCAACUAUGAACGAUAAAGAUGACUCGAUCGUCGUACAAAGUCCCGCAUCAUCGCCGUCCUCCAAUCCUGAGUCGACGAAUUAGUGCAAAACGAAGAUAUAUUAGUGCAAGGGAAAGAACGACUUAGCCUCUAAACGACUUUCGGUCAGAGAAUUUAUUGACGAGUUUGGGAUAUGAUUCAUUCGAAAUGUUUUCACUAUAAAACGCAGUAGCCAUACGCGAUAAUUGUUUUUUCUUUCUUUUUCUUUUUUCUUUUUUCAUACAAAUUUUUCUCUUCUCCCUCUCGAACGAUGAAACAUCGAAUGGCAGUCGAAAGAUACAAUGGAAACAUCGAGAUAGAAAAAUCUAAAUAUAAUCUUUCUUUUUUCUGGUGAAUUCGAUGCGAAUGUUCUAAACCGGAAAUGUACGGUAUCGCGAAACUGGUAAUAGUGAGUCACGUUUCACGUUUAAUCAGAGAACAUAGGAUAGUUUUUACACGAGAAUUUAUUACUUUCCAUCUCGAUUGUCUGUGAUUAUUAUCGAGUGGCGAAAAAAGGGGGUUAGGGGAAGGGAGAAAGGGG